GCUUCCAUUACCUUCUUUCAGUCUCACCAUUUGUCUCAAACCCUAACCAAAGGCAAAAGGAAAAAAUAUGGCAGAAAGAGGCGGAGGUGAACGCGGCGCUUUCAGGCGUGGCUUUGGUGGUGGUAGAGGUGACCGUGGUCCAAGAGGCAGGCGCCGCGGCCGCAAGGACGAAGAGGAAAAAUGGGUACCCGUCACGAAACUCGGCCGCUUAGUCAAAGCCGGCAAGAUCACAUCCCUUGAGCAAAUCUACCUCCAUUCUCUCCCGAUCAAGGAGUACCAAAUCAUCGACCAACUCGUCGGCCCUUCACUGAAAGACGAGGUCAUGAAGAUCACUCCAGUUCAGAAACAAACUCGCGCCGGUCAGCGUACGCGGUUCAAGGCCUUCGUCGUCGUCGGUGACGGAAAUGGACACGUUGGACUCGGUGUCAAAUGUAGCAAAGAAGUUGCGACGGCUAUAAGAGGGGCAAUCAUAUUGGCUAAGUUGUCAGUGAUACCGGUUAGAAGAGGUUACUGGGGAAAUAAGAUCGGAAAACCCCAUACUGUGCCAUGCAAGGUUACCGGGAAAUGUGGGUCCGUCACCGUUAGGAUGGUGCCGGCUCCUAGAGGUGCUGGUAUUGUGGCUGCUAGGGUUCCCAAAAAGGUGCUUCAGUUUGCUGGGAUUGAAGAUGUCUUCACUUCUUCAAGGGGUUCAACCAAAACUCUUGGAAACUUUGUCAAGGCUACCUUUGAAUGUCUUCUGAAAACAUAUGGUUUCUUGACACCGGAUUUCUGGAGAGAGACUCGUUUCACAAGGUCUCCAUUCCAGGAAUAUACUGAUCUGUUGGGAAAGCCAUCGAAGACCCUUGUACUGGAAGAUGUGGAGAGAGUUGAUAUCUGAUUGAAGAUCAACAGGGUCAUUACUUAUUAGUAAGUUGGAUGUGUGUCUAGGUCCUUUCUAUGUUGCAAUCUUUAAUUGUGUCUUGCUUGUUUUGAUUUUGUCAUGAGAUUAAAUCAGUAAUGGUUCAAUUUUGUUGUGUUUUUUCAUCUGGAUUCUUUAUAAAGAUUGUGGAUGAGUUGAGGACUUGUCUAUUUAUGUGCUGCUUGUUUGUGAAUUAAUGUUUCAUAAUAUGAUAGCAUGCUUCUUAUCAA